AUGUCGGCCGCCGGGGCUUGCCUGGACUACUUCGCUGCGGAGUGCCUGGUGUCCAUGUCCACACGUGCCGUGCUGCACCGACGCGCGCCCGACCCCGAGGGCGCGGAUGCUCCGGCCGGCUCAGAGGUGGGUGUGACACCGCUGGAGCACGCGGAGCGGGGGCAGGGAACACCGGAGUGGGCGUGGGAGCCCCGGCCGCUGCAGGGCUCCGCCCCCAACCCCGCCCCCGCGCCGCACCUGCUGGCGGCCAGCGCGCUGGCGGCCCUGCGAGGCGCUGGCGACGAAGGCGUCGGGGAAGACCCGGGGGAAGCUCCGCGCGCUGGCAGUGGCUCCCCCGAGCCCGCCCGGGGCUCUAGCCCGACCCAGGGCUGCGAACCGGCCCCAGCCUUCAGCACGGACGAGCUGUCCGGUCCCGAGAGCUCCUGCGGCGCGCCCGCCAUCCCCAGCGCGCCUGCGGUCCCCAGCGAGCCGGAGGAAGGCGGGGAGGGCCCCGGGGGACCCACGGAGGCUGGCCCCGCCCCUGCGGCGGCUCCGGCGUCCCGGAGAAGGCCGGUUACACCUGCAGCCAAGAGACAUCAGUGCCCCUUCCCGGGCUGCACCAAAGCCUACUACAAGUCGUCGCACCUGAAGUCGCACCAGCGCACCCACACGGGGGAGCGCCCGUUCUCCUGUGACUGGCUCGACUGCGACAAGAAGUUCACGCGCUCGGACGAGCUGGCCCGCCACUACCGAACGCACACCGGCGAGAAGCGCUUCUCCUGCCCGCUGUGCCCCAAGCAGUUCUCCCGGAGCGACCACUUGACCAAGCACGCCCGACGCCACCCGAGUUACCAUCCAGACAUGAUCGAGUACCGGGGACGUCGCCGCAACCCCCGCGUCGAUCCACAACCCCCCACCGCGGUGGAAGUCUCUGGCUCCGGCUCCGGCUCUGGCUCUGGCUCCGGCCAAGACCCCAACGUCGAUACCAGCCUGUAA